AUGUUUGCGUCAGUAUACUUUUUAUCCUGCCUUAUCGCGACCACCGCUGCUUUGCUUGACAAUGGGAAGUUGACCACACUAAAUGGCAUUAAUUACUACGUCGGAGGCGUUGCUGUAUCGAAGUUGUCUAUCUCGGUGACAAUAAAUUGGAAUUGGACCAAUGCAGACCUUGUUCCCCUGACUGUCAUUCGCUCGAAUGCAACAACUUUCACUUCUGAUGAUCUUGAAGAAAGUAUCGCCAAAUUUAAGACCUCAGACGAUGUAUUUGGUCCAGAUUUUCUCGAAGUUCUCUUUCUGGAAUAUGAUGGGUAUGGUCAGGGAUCAAUUGAUUCAGCAUUUCACCUGCAUUCCGAGAGUGCCCGCAGCAAGUUGACAUUUGCUUCUUCCAAAUACCACCCUCGGAAGCAUUUCAUUAAAGCCGAUCUCGUUGAGAAUCUGCCAAAUGGACCCUACUUUAUUUCCCCUAGAACCGGUUACAUUUUCAAGGCGUAUCGACUGUAUUCGGACCAUCAGUUGGCUUUCACCGAAGCAGUAAUCAGUGAUGAGAGAGGCACUUUCAUGCCCUUACCGACAGUGACAGAAGGUUCCAUGUCCAAAAGUGUUGCCGUGCCAUCCAGGCUGUACAAUACACCUACUGCUGAUAAGCCGCUAGCUGGGCUGCGAUGUGGCGUAAAAGACAUCUUCGAUUUGAAAGGUAUUAGGACUAGCGGCGGAAAUCGUGCUUUCUAUGACCUUUAUCCAGCAAAGAACACCACUGGGACUGCUGUUCAGCGUUUAAUUGAUGCAGGUGUUGUAGUUGUUGGCAAAAUGGGAACAGUUCAGUUUGCCAACGGUGACAACCCUACUGCUGACUGGGUCGAUUUUCACUGCCCUUUCAAUCCUAGGGGCGAUGGCUAUCAAGCUCCUGGGGGAUCUUCGUCGGGGCCGGGCGCUGGUAUCGCCUCGUACGACUGGCUAGACAUUGCCAUUGGAAGUGAUACUGGCGGGUCUAUGAGAAGCCCGGGUGGCAUGCAAGGCGUCUUCGCUAAUCGACCCUCGACUGGCGCAAUUGAUCUCGACAAUGUUCUCCCUCUUUGCCACGAUUUGGACACGGCUGGAGUUUUUGCACGUAAUGCUGAAAUAUGGUCUUCGACAAUACAUGCAUGGUAUCCAAACUUCACCGAUUACAAAAGAUACCCAGCGCGGAUAUACUAUCAGAACUCUUCAUUUCCCGAGAUCAAUACACUUGCUGGAGCUUUGUUAGACGGUUUCGUCCAAAAAGUAGAGAGAUUCAUUGGCACCAAGCGAGAGCACGUGGACAUCUCUCGUCAUUGGAUGAACACGCAUCCUAAAGAUACGCCCAGCAACGUGACGGAUUUACUAAACGAGACAUAUGCUAUUCUCACUUCUGUUGGGCAAUAUCGCUCGUUGACCUUGCCAUUCUAUGCAGACUAUGCCGCCAGAAAUGAAGGUCGUCGACCAUUCGUCAACCCCGGUCCUCUGAAACGUUGGCAAUGGGGUCAAGAUAAUGGAGGGGAUCAUGCUUAUAAUUUGGCACUGAAAAAUAAGACCAUUUUUAGAGAAUGGUGGGAAACUGAGGGAUAUGGGAAGGCUAACCCGAAAACUUGCUCUGAAGGCAUUUACCUUUACCCGUAUAGCAAAGGUGAAACACAAUAUCGAAACGUCUACUUUGAUGCACCUACGGCGCCACCUAUGGGGUUCAAAGACGGACGCAUAUCGAACAUGGCCGACGUCCCGGACGUUGUGGUUCCCGUCGGAGAGAUUCCCUACAACUCAACUGUUUCUCUGAAGAUAGAACAUAUGCCAGUCACCAUGAGUUUUGUCGCAGCACGUGGAUGUGAUUUAAUGCUGGCCAAUCUCAUUCUUGACUUACAAAACAAGGGAAUUCUCAAGCCAGUCAGCACAGGUCCAAAGAUGUACCCUUGA